CUAGGUAAUCAUGGCAGAGGAACACACAAUAUCUGAGGAUGCACACAGCACAUUGUGUUCCACAGAUUUGACCGACUGGUAGUGAGCUCUCCUCAUGACCACACCGGCAAGGAGUUAGCGGGGGGCUUCCUGUGGGUGUGUGAAUAUCCAAUGUGCUUAACCGUCGACAUGUGUGUUUGUGUGUGUUUCAGGUGACCCAACAAUCAACCCCUGAAAAAGGCGGUCAUAAAACCCCCAGGAGACGAAGAUGAUGGGACGUCGUGACCCCAAACCUGGGGCAAAGAGACUGGUGAGAGCCCAGACCCUCCAGAAGCAGCAGAGGGCCCCAGUUGGGCCAAGGGCUCCCCCGCACGAUGAGGAAGAUCCCAGGCUCAAGUGCAAAAACUGCGGGGCCUUUGGCCACACGGCCAGAAGUACCAGGUGCCCCAUGAAGUGCUGGAAGGCAGCCCUGGUUCCACAGACCUUGGGGGAAAAGGAAGGGAAGGAAAACCUGAAACCAUGGAAGCCCCAGGUUGAAGGGAACUCGGGGCCCUUGAACAAGGAUAAGGGAGUGAAGGAAGAGAGACCAAGGCAACAAGACCCGCAGAGGAAGGCUCUCCUCCACAUAUUUUCCGGGAAACCUCCAGAGAAGCCGCUGCCAAAUCGAAAAGGAUCCACGGAAUCUUCUGAUUAUCUGAGGGUUGCAAGCGGGCCAAUGCCGGUCCACACAACCAGUAAGAGGCUGCGCGUGGACCCUGUCCUCUCUGAUCGCUCAGCGACCGAAAUGUCUGACAGGGGCUCCAUCUUGGCUUCACUGUCUCCCCUCAGAAAAGCCAGUCUGAGCUCCUCCUCAAGUCCUGGACCAAAGGAAAGACAGACAGGGGCUGCGGCCGACAUCCCUCAGCCUGCAGUCAGGCACCAGGGCCGCAAGCCUCUCCUCGUGGUGAAGCCGACACACAGCAGCCCUGAGGGUGGCUGCCGAGAAGUUCCCCAGGCUGCCUCCAAAACCCACGGCCUGCUCCAGGCCAUCAGCCCCCAGGCACAAGACAAAUGUCCUGCCGUGACCUCACAGCCCUGCCCACCAGCCGCCACACACAGCUUGGGCCUAGGCUCCAAUCUCAGCUUCGGGCCAGGAGCCAGGAGACCUGCCCAGGCUCUGAUUCAGGCUUUCCUGAACUUCCCCAAGAAACUGAGACUGGGUCCCUUCCAGAUCCCUGAAAGCGCCAUCCAGGGAGGUGAGCUGUGGGCCCCGGAGAAUCUCCAACCUCCGCCAGCCGCAACCGAACUUGGACCAAGUACGUCGCCCCAGAUGGGCAGGAGGACACCUGCCCAGGUGCCCAGCGUCGAUCGGCAGCCUCCGCACAGCAGAUCUUGCCUGCCUACUGCCCAGGCCUGCACCAUGUCCUGUCACCCAGCGGCCAGUCAUGAUGGGGCCCAGCCUCUCAGAGUGCUCUUCCGGAGACUGGAAAACCUACGCUGGAGCUCCAGCCUCCUGGCGGCCCCCUCAUUUCACUCUUCUGAGAAGCCGGGAGCCUUCCUCGCUCAGAGCCCUCAUGUGUCAGAGAAGUCUGAGGGUCCCUGUGUUCGUGUCCCACCGAGCGUCCUCUAUGAGGACCUUCAGGUUUCCUCCUCCUCAGAGGACAGCGAUUCUGACGUGGAGUGAGACGGCAGGUGACAGGGGCUCCUUGGCCUCCAGCUCCCGUGACUUGGAGGGGACUGUGGGACUGAGGAGCGCAGAGCAGAGAGCAGACUCUGUGCGGUGACUACGAAGCUCCCCAGCUGUGGCGCUUCUGUGGAUGUGGGAGCCCAAGCCAGGCAGGGAACAGCUGCAGGGACUCUGCCUCAUUGAAUUCUGGUGAGGGACAUUGUAGUUUGCAUGGUUCUCCGGAAACGCGCCAGGAAAAGUUUCCGUGCCAGAGAUUCGUUGCCUCAGAAACUGCGUGACGCGCAGGAGUCAGACUUCCGCUGGGACGUCAAUAGGAAACGGGGGAAUUACUGUGUAUUUUCUCUCUAGAUGACUGAAUAAGGGAAAACUUAGGGAACCUUGAGAGGUGCAGCCCUUCCGCUGUGCCCCGCCCUGAGAGCAGUGUUUCGGACGCUGGGAAGCGUGCUGUGCAAAGCGCUCUUGGGGUCUUUCCUCAGCCUCGAAAACUGGGCUCUGGAAUGCCUUUGUAAAUAGGUGUGUUGAAUUUGUUUUGAAGUGAAUAAAAUUCUC